UGAGCUGCCCGGGAGUACAGCUCUCACAGUGCCUCCACACAAGGUCUGAGAAGAGCAAUGGAGACUGUUGACAAAACCUUAAGUUGUCCCGUCUGCCAGGAUUUCUACACUGAUCCUGUGGUGCUCCAGUGCGGACACGGCUUCUGCCUCACAUGCAUUCAUGCUGUCUGGGAAACCGAUGUGUCUCCUGAGGGGCCUUUCUUCUGUCCAGAGUGUCAGAUGUUCCUUCCCUCUGACCUCAUUUUGAAGGUAAACACUGGCCUCCAGACUAAAGUGAAUGACUUUACUUUAAAUAGACAGUCAGCAGCAGCAGAGACCUGCAGUAGUGCAACCAAGCCGACUUCCACUGUCCACUGCGACCACUGCAUAGAGAAGUCGCGUGCGGCCGUGAGGACCUGUUUGACCUGCGAUGCGUCACUGUGCCAGGAUCAUGCGCUGCUGCACCAGCAGCGGUCUGCUUUUAAGGAGCACACGCUGGUGGAUGUGACCAAGGACCCGUUGUCCCUGAAGUGCAGGGAGCACCGUGAUGAGCUCAAGCUCUUCUGCAUGGAGGAAAAGGUCCCUGUGUGUUGUUUAUGCGCCCUGGUUGGCAGGCACAAGCAACACAGGACAGCUCAGCUUCAUGAAGCCGGUGCUCAAUUCAGGAGCAUGUUGGAGGCAAACAUGGCCCAACUGCUAAAGAGGAGAGGUGAAGCCGAGCACGCGAUCGAAGACUUGGAAUCACUGUACACACACACUGUGAAUUCUGCUGCAGAUUUCAGAGAGAGGAUCUCAGACAAAUACAGCAGAAUCCGUGUGGUGCUGGACGCCGACGAGCGUCUGAUGAUGCAGAUCAUAGAUGCAGAGGAGGCGAGCACGGCAGACUGGCUGGAGGUCCAGAGAGGAAUCAUAGAAACUCAGAUCAAGGAGAUAGACGGAUUCAGAGCCUCCAAUAAAGCACUUCUACAGGAAACGAAUGAUCUGCAGUUUUUGCAGAAACUCACAGCACAGAAUCUUUGCGAUCCCUUGGAGUUUGCUCCGAUCCAGGAGGUGAACAGAGACCUGUGUGACCCCGAGAAGCUGAAAACCGUCGAAAGGCUGGUGGACGACCUCUCGCUGGCUCUGUCCCAACACUUUCCACGAACAUGGUCAUAUCUAAGUUCACCUGCAUUAGACUCCAACACAGCCCAUCCCAAACUGGAAAUAUCCCAAGACAGGAAACAAGUCUACUGGAGACGCCAGCCCGCCGGCGAGGGACCAACCCCUCAGCCUUACGACUCCCAGUACAGCGUCCUCGCUCAGGAGAGUUUCACCAGUGGCCGGCACUACUGGGAGGUGAUUGUCCAGGACAAACCCUUCUGGAUGGUCGGUGUCACGACUGGUUUGGUGAAUAAAAAUGACAGCUUGACACGGAGUUCCUUCAGCCUGGGUGUGAACAACACGUCCUGGUGCCUCUAUCACGGGGAUGGACAGUACUUGGCGUGCCACGACACACAAGAGAAGCACUUGACUGUAGCAAAGAGAGUGAGAAAACUGGGCAUACUGGCAAAUAUCCAGAAGGGGGAGCUGUCCUUCUACGAUGCUGAUGCCAUGACUCUGCUUCACUCUUUCUUUGUGCAGUGCACAGAGCCCCUGUUCCCCCUGUUUAACCCAUGCAUGGACAUGAAUGGAGUGAACUGGCAGCCUCUUACUUUGUUCUGGAUCAAGGAUCCCUGGAACCGGUGUUCAGACGAGGAUCAACACUGCGGUGAAAGAAAGGCUCACUAAUGAAUUGUGAAUUCUGAUGCUAUCUGAGUAAAUUUUUUUUAAUCUUUAUUUCAUUCAAUAAAAAAUAACACAACAGAUACUAAACAAUAUUCAUGAAAACACAAUAUAUAUUUGAAUGAAAGGGAGCAGACAGAAGAAAAAUCUUAUUAUUUCUGCCCCCUUUUUAAACUUAAAUAUCAAUUUAUAUUUGUGCAGUCCCUCACCAGUUCUUUCAGUCCCGUAACUGUUCACAUUUGUUAAUUAUUAUGUCCACAUCAAUUGUCCGUUGUCAUAUCCACUCAACACACGUGAUUUAAUGUGUAGACUGAACACUUUUAGAGUUCUUGACUCUUUCCAUUCUCUGUCCAGGCAAUUCCACAACUUCACACCAUUCACAGAUAUGCUCAUUUCCUUCAUUCUUGUUCUAAAUCUAGGUUUUUUGAAGAUUUCAAAUCCCUUCAACGAAUAACUGCUAUCUCUCUUUUCAAAAAUAUGCUGAAUAUUCUUUGGCAAUGUACCUUUAUUUGCUUUAUACAUUAUAUGCAAUAUUCUCCAGUUGACCAAAUCAUGAAAUUUAAUUACUUUAUAUUUUAUAAAUAAUGGGUUAGAUGGAGCUGUACUAUGAGUGUUGUCUAUAAUUCUCAUAGCUCUUUUCUGCAAAACAAACAAAGAUGAUCCACUAAACCUAAUUAGAUGUUUUAAAUGAACCUCUGGAGAGUUUUGGUUCUGAAAUUCUAAUCAUUUGUCGAAACUUUCUAGGACCAUCAGGUCUUAGAAGACUUUUUGCUGUAACCUUGUACAAAAUAAAGUAGUAUUAUAGCUUCUUCAUUGGUUUAUCAAAUGUUUUGCUAAUAAAUAUUUGAUCAAA